AUGCAGCGUUUUGCUCACUUGUCGGCGUUGAUCGCUGCUGGUCUGACCCUACCUCUUGGUCGAAACGAGGCUGAAUUGGUCGAUCCAGAGAGCAGGCAGCAGGUUGUUCGGGUACGAUUGCGCACGGCUGUGCGCUCUAUUAUGGACCUUGAGAAGCGUGAACGAAACGCCUCAGCGCGUCUCGUGGCCAUGAAGAAGGUUCUCGACAUGGAGACUUUUCUCGAGGCGGAUAAAUGGGCUGUAGAGUGUCUUGAUAAUGCUAAGAACAAUGGCAGCAUUGAUCGAGGUUAUAACACGUGGGUAGCCGUUCGUGUGGCACAAGCGCAACUCGAUGGCGAUCGCUGCGGGCUCGAGGCUCCUCCGUUCGACGAAGAAGAGAAACGCAACUCUCUCUGGUGGUGGUGA